AUGGGAAUAUUCUCCUAUGGUAGGCGGUUCGUUUACUUUGGCGCGGACACAUCGGACCGACAAUAUUCGGAUAGACGCGAGCAUGGCCGAGAUAUACCGCGCCUAGACGCGCAAGAAUGUUAUCAUAUUAUGUAUUCUAUUCAAAAUCCAACUGAAGCAAUUUCUGAAAGCGAUAGUGAAUUGAGUGAUGGCGAAUUUUACUCAUGUUUACAAGAAAAUAAUGACCACUCCACAUCUUUCUCCGAUGGACCACUGAAUCAAAAUAAUUUUAGAUCUACUAAUGCUUCCCGUGUCCAAGCAUUGAAUUUUUUUAAUUCUAAAAAAAAAGACCUCUGUAUGUUGGAAAACUAUCCUAUUGUAAAGCAAGUUUUUCUUAAAUUCAACACUACUAUUCCAUCAUCAGCCCCUGUGGAAAGACUGUUCAGUGGAGCCAUUUAA